AUGAUUGACAGCUAUCAGUGUUCAGACGAUGUGUUAGAGCAGCGUGAAAAUAUCUACGUGGAAAUGAUCGAUGAUUCCACGUGUUUAAACGGGAGACUAGAUGACGCGGCGGAGUAAUCGCGGAGGUCUGGUUAUCCUUUUAGAGAACGCGUGGAGUUCCAGGUGAAGCGGGAGAGAGAGCGCUCAGGUUCAGCAUCACUUUUCAAAGUUUCGCGCAGUUUGUAUGAGCGGCUGACUCUCACACUGACCGUCGCUCAAGCGCUCCGCUGCCGUUAAACGGAUCGUUCCCUUCGGUUAUAUGAUGUUAUCCAGUCAGACUGGAGCGGCGGGGAAGAGUGCGGGUCACGGCGCGGUGGUGAUCGGAGCCGGGGUUCGGACCGGGCUCGUCCGCUCCUCUCCGGUAGGGACGCUCGGGGGAACCGGAGCCCAGCGAGGCGGCGUACGACCGGUGAUCGCAACCGGACUCGGGCCGCUACAAGCUGCAGGGAUUGUGGGAGAUUUGAGAUUCGAUCCGGAUAAACAGGGGUUGUGCAGCGGGUCUGACGCGGACUCCGACUCGGGCGAUGAGGACGAGCCCGUGGGGUCAGUCACGGACGGCCGGGGGAGAACCGGAGUCAAGCGGGAGAGAGCCGAGAUGGAGGCUGUGAUGGAGGCGCGGGAGGCCGGCUUGCCCUCGCCGGGGUUCGGGGGGCUCCCCGGUGGAGUGGCCGGAGCCAAACCGGGCAAGAAGACCCGAGGCAGAGUCAAGAUAAAGAUGGAGUUUAUAGACAACAAACUGCGGAGGUACACCACCUUCAGCAAGAGGAAGACGGGCAUCAUGAAGAAGGCGUACGAGCUCUCCACGCUCACGGGAACUCAAGUCCUGCUGCUGGUGGCGAGCGAGACGGGUCACGUCUACACGUUCGCCACACGUAAGCUCCAGCCCAUGAUCACCAGCGAGACGGGCAAAGCUCUGAUCCAGACCUGCCUGAACUCUCCCGACUCGCCGCCGCGCUCCGACCCGUCCACGGACCAGCGCAUGAGCGCCACGGGCUUCGAGGAGACCGACCUCACGUACCAGGUGUCCGAGUCCGAGUGUCUGGGAGAAGCCAAGGACUGCCUGAAGCCGGCGUUCACCGUGGCGAGUGUGCCGGGCAGCUCCGCCUCCUCCAGCGGCUCAUCUUUCCCCAUCACCAACUAUCUGGCUCCCGGGAACGCCAACGGAUCCGUGCUGAAGAGUUCGGGAGCCUCCGGAGGGGUCAUGCAGCUCCCCAGCGGAUUCACCUUCAUGUCAGGCUCUCCGUUUGCUCCCGGGACUCAGCUCCAGCACUCGCCCGGCUCACACACACUCACGCCGGCUCCUCAGGGAUCUCAGGGAUCACAGACUGUGUUCCGGCUGCCCGCCGCCGUCUCGCUCACCGGCGGGGCGAUGCCGCAGCAGAUCCAGGUCCAGUCGAGCAGCGCUGACAGCAGUCCGGAGAUCAACACAGUGUCCACAGCCACAGUCAGUCUCCCGGCAACCAUCGUCACGACGUCGGUGCCCACGUCCAUGGCAGGUCACAUGAUGUAUCCCAGCUCACACACGGUGAUGUACACGUCGGGUCCCACGCUGGCGGACGGAGGUCUGGUGCUCAACGCCUUCUCACAGGGGCCGGUGUCGCACGCCCAGACGCAGGACACAGGUGGUGUCCCGCAGGUGUUCCUCACGGCUCCUCCUGGAACGGUUCAGAUUCCCGUCUCGGCGGUGCAGCUUCAUCCAGUACGGCAAGAUCAACACUUCACAAAUGGUGAUUGGUCAGUCCAGCGGCACCAGUAGCGUCUCAGAGCUUCAGCUCGUCAAUCUGGACACCAAGAGCAACUGAAGACACUAUUUAUUAAUGCCUUUCUGAGAUUGAGCUUUAUACAGUAUGUCACUGGUGUGUGUGUGUGUGUGUGUGAUUCUUCAGGACGAUCAGUCCCUCCGCAGCACAAUGAAUGAGAUGAAGUCAGAUUGUGUGUGUGUGUGUGUGGGUGGGUAGAAUUAGGGGUCGAGUUUGUGUGUGUGUAUAUAUGUGUGUGUGUGUGUGUGUGUGAUGAUGUUGUCGCUUCUUUGUAAAAUCUCUCUCAGGGUCCCGAUGUUUUGACGUCUGGUUUAUUUGAGAUAAAGCGAGUCGGUCCGCAGAUCAACUCCAGUUAGUUUCCUCCGACACAGUUCUUCACACACUCCAGUGAAGGAGUUGAGCUGCAUACACACCUCUAGUGUAAAUCACACACCAAAUCUCUCCAUCUCUGUUGAUCACAUGACUGCUCAUAUGAUGAGAAAGAUCACAAAGAGUCUUCAGUUCAUCUCAUGAAACAUCAUUAUAUGGCUGAGCACAAGAUCAUCUCAUGUCUUCAUAUGUCAACACACACACACACACAUUCAUAACAGUAGAAUAACUUGCUGAAGCAAAUGGCUACAUUUUCAUUGAUCAUAGUUAAAUUUAUAUUCUAAUUAAUAAAUUAAAAAAGUUUGUGUGUGUGAAAGAGAGAGAGUGUGUUUAGUCACCUU